AUGGCUUGGAGCCGGCUCAAGCAUCCUAACGUCCUUCCGCUCCUAGGAUACGCGCUUGAAGAAACCAGCGAUCACGUACUUCAGUUGCCUUCUCUUAUCUCCGAAUGGAUGGAGAAUGGCAAUAUACUAGACUUUGUCAAGAGCAACCCGAACUUUGAUAUCGUUAGGCUGGCGCUCGGAAUGGCAGAAGGUCUGGCCUAUCUUCAUGACAAUAAUGUUGUGCAUUCGGACUUCAAAUCAGGAAAUGUACUCAUCUCAUCAACUGGAGAACCCGUCAUAAGCGAUUUCGGAGCCGCACAUGUUGCUUUUGAUCUUCUCUCGGGCGGGAAGUCUAGUACUGUCACAGACCUCCGAGGCACAUCCAGAUGGUUAGCGUAUGAGCUCUUGGCGAACGCUGAUCAGUAUCCAGCUGCCACGAAAGAAUCGGAUACAUGGGCAUUCGGGAUGACCUUAUGCGAGCUUCUGACGAAUGCGCAUCCCUACGCUCAGUAUCAGUAUGAUGUACAAGUCACACUUGCAAUCAUGAAUCGUAAACUACCCUCUCCUCCUGAGGAUACCGGUGAUGGGUACAAGAGACAGUUAUGGGACGUCUGUACUGAUUGCUGGGACUGUGACCCAGCUCAACGUCCCUCAAUGGCUGACGUUUCUUGUCGCAUCAAGAAUAUUCCCAUACCAGCGAACGCUGAAAUUAGUCGCAUUCGUCAGUCACAAACAGACUCGGAUUCUCACCGAGUAAGCAAGGACGUCGCGGAGUUGUUACGCACUGAAUUUCCACAACUCGAACUCUCGGGACGUCUUGACAUAAGACAUGAAGAGGACCCAUGCAGAGUUGAUGCGUUCGCUAGAUAUUUCAAUGGCUUCCUCGGCAGUCAAAGAAUUAUUGUCAAGAAAUUUAGAGUCCUUCCUUCAAUCGUAUGUAUGCUCAAUUAUACUCGAAUUCUGGAAUACAACAACAAUCUGAUAUUUAAAUAUGCAGUUGAAUUCAUUGUGUGA